UUACAAUUACCGAAACAUACAAAGAUUAUAACAGUAAGACUUCCUCUAUUGUUACCUAGUAAUUUACAUAAGCAUUUCCAUCUCUAAGAAGCUAAAAAAAUAAUCGUUUUUACCAGUGUUAAAAGGUUAUCAAACGAAUUUUUACAUCACAAUCUCGUACAAAACAUGUUAGUGCCAAUAAAACUAAUUUUUACCUUUCUACUAAUCCAUUUCGCAAACGCCGGGGUUUCACCUGAAGAAGAACAAGGAGUGAAAUAUGCCAACAAAUGCGAAGUGUGCAAAAUAUUAGCCGUGGAACUGGAAACCAGAUUGGAAGAGACCGGCAAGACCUCAGACGUAAUCGAAACGGGCUACUCGGUAGACGAUGUAAAACCCAAGAAGAAGAAAGCCUAUAAGAAAUCCGAGCUGAGACUGGUGGAGUCUUUAGAAGGUAUUUGUAACAGGAUAUUGGAGUACAACGUUCACAAGGAACGCGAAGAUAGCACCAGAUUCGCCAAAGGGAUGAGCCAAACGUUUCAAACGUUACACGGGCUGGUCGAUAAAGGGGUCAAAGUCGAAUUGGGCAUACCGUACGAGUUGUGGGACUCGCCCAGUGCUGAGGUUACUAAAUUAAAAACGCAGUGCGAAACUCUGCUGGAAGAAAACGAGGCAGACAUAGAAGACUGGUACUUCAACUACCAAGGAAAAGAGAAGCUCAAAACGUUCCUCUGUCGCGACAGGGUGUUAAAGAACGAGAACCACGAUUGCCUAAACGAACAACUAAAAGGCGACACGGGCGCUAAGAAACCAUCGAAAGCUAAAACCGAACUGUAAUUUUAAUCUCUUAAACAAAUUAUACUACAUAUGUACAACAACGAAAUCGAAUUGUCCUUAUUCCUUCUUCGCAUUGGCCUCGGCUUCCCUCUGCGCUUUGGUCUUCCUUAUGUGCUUCGGCUUGCCUCGGAGCGUCCGCAUCCGUUCCAUUUCCUCCUUGAAAUCGGCGUGCUCGUCCCUGUAGAGGCCGUACUCGCGCAGUUUGAUCAUCAACCAGCCGGUUUCGACGUGCCUGGGGUAGUAGGCGAAGACUUCGCGUCGCAAAUGGACGGGUUCCUCGCUGAAAAGUCGCACAACUUUCAUGGAUUUCUGGUUGGUCGGUCGGACUACCUCGCCGAAUAUUCGGUUGCUCAGCCGUUGCAUCCGUUUCGCGUAUUCCGUGGAUUGUUUCAUUAGGUCCGCGUAUUUCGCGUAUUUGCUCAUUUUGGAUUCGAAUAAUUGUUGAAUUGAAUUAUUGUUUGUUUUCGGAGGUUAUGUUAUUCUUCU